GUUAGUUUCCAUCAUCCCAUCAAGCAAGCUAUGGGGCUUUCUAUUGGCAGCUUGCUAAUAUGCGUGUUCUUAGGCAUAGUUCCUUUUGCAACUGCUAACACAAACAGUUCAAGUUAUGAGGAACACAGGAAUUAUUUGCUUAACAUCUUUCACAAUCCAUUUGUGAAUGACUCCAUUAAGGAGAAAAAUAUUCCGCAGCUAAUCGCUUUUUAUCAACGAUAUCCUACAGAUGUUCCUCUAUCCGACGCAGACAGGCAACAAUUUGAAAGGUUUAUUCAUGAUUACAGAGAAUACCGGGCAGUUUUGGUUGAUGGUGCACCACCUCAAGGAGGAUCAUUUGGAAACAUAUUUGGACACUUCCUAGGCAGAGUCGGAACCCGGUAUAUUUCGUCUCUGUUUAAUAAGAAAAGGGAGGAAAGGAAAUCCAACCAUGCAUACAUAAUCGAGGACUAUAACUAAACUUGCCUUUUGUACUUUCAUGCUAUUCAUACAUUCUGGAUCUAUACCAAUUUGAAGCUUGGAAUACUAAUGGAAAUAAUCAGAUGUUAUUUGUUUGAAAAACUAUAAAAAUUAAUCUAUAAAUAAACUAAUCAAUACCACUG